CCUUCAAUUUUGAAAAAAAAUAGAAAGAAAGAAAAUUCAAAAUAUCUCUAAUUUCUCUCUCGCUUUCUAUCUUUGAAUUUUCUUACCUAAAUUUGUGAAAAGAAUUGUCGCCGGAAAUGGGUGUACCUGAGACAGACCCACUUUCUCAGCUAAGCUUGCCACCAGGAUUUCGGUUCUUUCCGACUGAUGAGGAGCUUUUGGUGCAAUAUCUAUGUAGAAAAGUAGCUGGGCACCAUUUCAAUUUGCAAAUUAUUGGUGACAUUGAUUUGUACAAGUUUGAUCCAUGGGUGUUACCAAGCAAAGCUAUAUUUGGUGAAAAAGAAUGGUAUUUUUUUAGUCCUAGAGACAGGAAGUACCCAAAUGGAUCGAGACCAAAUAGGGUUGCUGGGUCUGGUUAUUGGAAGGCAACUGGGACUGACAAAGUUAUCACCACCGAGGGUCGUAAAGUUGGUAUUAAGAAGGCUCUAGUAUUCUAUAUUGGAAAAGCCCCUAAAGGAACAAAAACUAAUUGGAUUAUGCAUGAGUAUCGCUUAUUAGAGCACUCACGAAAGAAUGGAAGCACUAAGUUGGAUGAUUGGGUUUUAUGUCGGAUUUAUAAGAAGAACUCGAGCGCUCAGAAGCCAAUAACGACAAGUGUUUCAACUUCAAGCAAAGAACAAAGCAAUGAUUCAUCGUCUUCAUCUCACCUGGACGACAUGUUGGACUCGUCGUUUCCUGAAAUUAAUGACAGUUUCUUCGCUUUGCCACGUGUGAAUUCCCUCAAGAACUUUCAAAAUGAUGAGAAGCUCAAUUUCCAGAAUCUGGGUUCUGGGAAUUUCGACUGGGCCAGCCUUGCUGGGCUCAACUCGGUGCCUGAACUCGCGGUUGAAAACCAAGCUCAUCAACCUCAGACUCAGGGGAUGGUGAAUUACAACAGUAAUGACGUUUAUGUCCCUUCUAUCCCACAGCUUUGCCACGUGGAUGAAGAGGUUCAGAGUGGACUCAGAACAAACUCGGGGAUGUUUCAGCAGAACCCGAACAUGUUGACUCAGAACUACUCUAACUCGCUCGACCCAUUUGGGUUUCGGUACCCAACUCAAUCGGGUGGGUUCGGGUUUAGGCAGUGAAAGAGUUAUUUCAACAGAGAAAAAACAGCUUGAGAGAAGGUUAAAAAGUAGGGAAUGCAUUUCUUUUAGAACAGAAAGUAAAUGCAUCUCUGUAAAUAUUUUUGGGAUUAUUUGGGCUAACAUUUUGGCUUUAGAUUCCAAAAGUGGAAAGUUUGGGAACUCUUUAGUGUUGGAUUGUAGCACCAAAAGGGCAUAUGAAAAUUUGUUCCUUUUUUUUGCUGGGGUAGGGGCAUAUAGAUUCAAUGUAUAAAAAAAAAUGAAAAAAAAAAAAAAUUGUACAAUUAAAUCUUGAUUAAUUAGACUAAGAUUUCCAGCUA